AUGAAACCCUACCCGGGGACAGAACUCCUACAGGACGGGCUGUUUGCGCUCAGAAGAAGCUAUGAAGGUGCGGGAAUUGUGGGAUUGACAUCUGCCCUACGUAUCGUGGAGGAUUGUGGGACGGCAGAGUUGGACCUGACUGUCAUGGCGGACAAGUUCUCCCCGAACACCACCAGUGACGUCGCUGCCGGGAUUUGGUGCCCGCCGAGAAGGAAAAUGACACAAAGAGAAAUGCAGUGGUUGAAGUGGUCCCAUGAGUACUUAACCGUUCUGUUGAAGACCCCGUAUGCGCAUGAGAUAGGGGUGUUCCUUCAGUCAGGGUGGAUUGCAUGGAUGCACACUGAUUUCCAGGAUCCUGAUUGGAAAGACCUCGUGCAAGGAUACCGUCAUCCAACCAAAUGGGAGUUAACUCAUCUGUUUCCGGAGUACAAGGAUGGAUUCUUCUGCACGACCUUUAUGUUGGAGAGUAGGCUUUUCCUCCCUUGGGUCACCAACAGGUUGAAGAACAAAGCGGUCAAGUUUGUAGAGCGAAAAGUCCCGUCAUUAGAUGAGUUGUCUUUGGACUAUGACGUCAUCAUCAACUGUACAGGCGUUGGAGCGCACGACCUGGCGGGCGAUACCAAAGUCUUCCCUGCAAGGGGGCAAGUUAUCCGGGUAGGAGAAAAUACAUAUAUCGGCAAAGCAACUUUUUCGUCAUAA